AUGGCCCCCCUCACGGAGAAGGACCUCGAGCAAGUCGAAAUCUCCCCGGAGCCGAGCUCGCGCCCCUUCCUUGCCCGCCUGUCUCCCAAGGACGAGCGUGACGAUCCAAUCGACUCGCCUUUGCCUUCACCCGCUGUCGCUGCUACUCCUCGGUCGUCCAAGCCCCAGCUGUCGGCAACGACGAUCAUCCCCGUCUGGAUCGCGCUCAGCUCGGCCGUCAUCAUCUACAACAACCACAUAUACAAUACCAUAGGCUUUAAGUAUCCUGUAUUCCUCGUGACAUGGCAUCUCACGUUCGCGGCCAUCGGUACGCGUGUGCUGGCGCGCACUACUCACCUGCUUGACGGCGCAAAAGACGUCCACAUGACGAAGGACAUGUUCAUGCGCUCCAUCCUGCCCAUCGGCCUCCUCUUCAGCGCCUCGCUCAUCCUCUCCAACACCGCCUACCUCUACCUCUCCGUCGCCUACAUCCAGAUGCUCAAGGCCUUCGUGCCCGUUGCCAUCCUCCUCAUCUCCUGGACGUUCCGUAUUCAAGAACCGAACCGGAAGCUCGCGCUCAUCGUCUUCAUGAUCUCCUGCGGCGUCGCCCUCGCGUCCCGCGGCGAGCUCCGCUUCAACCUCGUCGGCUUCCUCACCCAGGCCGCGGCGGUCGUCUUCGAGGCGAGCAGGCUCGUGAUGAUCCAGGUCCUCCUGCACGGGAUGAAGAUGGACCCGCUCGUGUCGCUGCACUAUUACGCGCCCGUGUGCGCGCUCAUCAACGUCCUCGUGAUUCCCUUCACGGAGGGUCUCGCGCCGUUCUACGCCAUCAUGGAGGGACAAGUGGGCCCCCUCAUUCUUCUUAGCAACGCGUCCAUCGCGUUCCUCCUCAACGUUGCUGCCGUCUUCCUCGUUGGCGUCGGCAGCGGCUUGGUUCUUACCCUUGCUGGAGUGUUCAAGGACAUACUGCUCGUUACCGGUUCCGUGCUAAUCUUCGGAACCACCAUUACGCCGCUCCAGAUUUUUGGAUAUGCAAUUGCUUUGGGUGGCCUUGUCGUCUUCAAGACCACGGGCGGCAAAUAG